GCUGCUCGAGAAGGCUCAACCUGCUUUCCAUCGUUUGUUCUUUCUUUCAGAAAGCAAAAAGGAAAAGUUUCCACAAACCUCCCCCUACAUCACCGAAGUCACCUUAUCAGUCUAAGCCGAGAAAAGUGGCCUCCUGGAGAUCUCUGAGGACAGCGGGGACCGUGCCUCUCGGGAGCCGAAUGUCCUUAACGCCCCAGAAGCUGUGGCUGGGAAGCUCAAAGCAAGGUUAUGUUCCUGGGACCCCUGUCUACAGAGAGAAGGAGGAUAUGUAUGACGAGAUCAUUGAGCUGAAGAAGUCUCUACACAUGCAAAAAAGCAAUGUGGAUCUGAUGAGAACAAAGCUUCGGCGCUUAGAAGAGGAGAACAGCAGAAAGGACCGGCAGAUAGAGCAGCUUUUGGAUCCGUCCCGAGGCCCGGAUUUUGUUCGGACGCUGGCAGAGAAAAGACCUGAUACUGGCUGGGUGGUCAGUGGGCUAAAGCAGAGGAUCCUCAAGCUCGAGCAGCGGUGCAAGGAGAAGGACCACACUAUCGACAAACUGCAGACUGAUAUGAAGACCACUAACUUGGAGGAGAUGAGGAUCGCCAUGGAGACGUAUUACGAGGAGAUUCAUCGGCUCCAGACUCUCCUGGCAAGUUCUGAAACGACAGGAAAGAAGCCUCCAGCGGAGAAGAAAAUCGGCCUUAAAAGGCAGAAAAAAAUGAGCAGCGCCCUCCUGAGCUUGUCCCAGAGCGUCCAGGAGCUCACGGAGGAGAACCAGAGCCUGAAGGAAGACCUGGACCGCGUGCUGAGCAGCUCCCCCACUGCCUCCAAGAUAAAGGGCUCUGUGGAGUGGAGCAAGCCCCGGCUGCUUCGGCGGAUCACAGAGCUGGAGAAAAAAAUAAGUGUGAUGGAAAGCCCCAAAUCCCACGCUUCAGAGGUGGUCGGGUCUACCCCGCCGGCUCACUCGGCGUCCAGCCCCACGGUGCACCGGCAGCCGCGCCCCGACCGCCAGGAGGAGAGCGAGCGCCUGCGGGGGGUUGUGAAGAGGCUGAAGGGCGAACGGAGUGCCCUGCACACCCAGCUGCAGGAGCGAGAUCUGGAGGUGAAGCAGCUACUGCAGACAAAGGCUGACUUGGAGAAGGAGCUGGAAAACAUGAAGGAGGGUGAGAAGGAGGGAAGAGAAAGAGAAGAGGCUUUGAGGGAGGAAAUUCAGGCACUUACCAGGAAGUUUCAAGAACUGGAAGAAAGCAAGAAAGGAGAGGAGGAGAAUCCCGAGGAAAUGAGUCCUGAGACCCGGAAAGCGCCCCGACCCCCCGGUCCCUCCCAGACGGACUCGGAGCUGGACACGAACGAGGGGGGCUCCUCCCGGCCCCGCUCCGGUUGCUCCGAGGGGAGAAGAGACGCCGCCGCCCGGGUCCUGCAGCGCCGGUGGAAGGGGCACCAGCACCGGAAAAAAAAGGCCGUUCUGGAUGAGGCUGCCAUGCUGCAGGCGGCUUUCCGGGCGCAUCUGGCACGGGCGAGGCCAUUGUCUAGCGGAGUGUGCGGCCCGGACCCCCCUGCCGUGCCAAGCCCGCCCACCCAGGACUCGCCCGAGCCCCGCGUCCCGAGCCCCGUCGUCCAGGCCGAGGGGGACCCGUGGCAAGAGGAGGCCGUCACCGUCAUCCAGUCUGCCUUCCGGGCACACCUGGCACGGGCCAGGCACAGUGCUGCUGGUCCAAGAGCUGCCACUGCAGCGCUUCCCGACAGACCUGCGUGGGCCCCACAGAGUGCACCCUGCUCUCCGCCCUUCCCUGCAGCCUCUCCUGGGCAGGAAGACAGCGAGGGGAGCAGUGGGGAGACCGCGGAGGCUCUGGCUCCCGGGGACGGAGCGCCGAGGCCAUGGGGGCCAGGGGCGCCGGCAGCCCCACGGCCCUGCUCUGCGGAGCCCUCCCCCUCGGGGCCGCAGCCCGCGGCGACUCCGCCCGCGGAGGACGUGAACUCCGACGACUCCGACGAGAUCGUCGUAGCUCCGCCUCUGCCCACGAAGAACAUCGCCUCCCUGCCCUAGGCCCCUGCGGUCGCCCGGCACGUGGCGAUGCCGUGUCCGGGCAAGGUUAGGUUCAGAGGACAGAAGCGCUCAGACCGGAAAGGAAUUUACCUUGUGAGGACGAGAACGGAACCUACUUGACACCUCACCUCCGUCCCCGGUUUUUCUCUUUUGUUUUGCCCGUUUGCUUGUUUGUUGAGGGAACCCCGAAUGCCUCUCUUUAUUUUAUCUACGGGAAGGGGUCGCCUACGUUCCGCACCCCCGGCUGCAGGCCCGCCCCCGCCCCCCGGUGGUCUUCAUGCCGGACAGACACACCUGCCCGGGCUGGGGGGCAGCAGGGGGCCCGGCCCAGACACGUCCGUCCUCUCGGGGCCCUUCUGGCCACCCGCGGCCGUGCAGGCGAGGGCUGCGUCAUCGGCGCUGACGCCGCACGGCCACCGGCUCCAGGACAGGCGGCGCGCCUCCGGGGAGAGCUGAUGCGAGGACCCUCGCUCUCAGCCCGGACGGAGGGCCCUGCGCACCGGGCAGAGCUUAGUCCCGGGCCACCCCUCCGCGCCCCCGUCGCCAGCGGGACCCCCCGCACCCCGACGGCACGGCAGCCCUUCUCGUGCUGCACCUCAGGGGCUCCGGCUCAGACUUGUCCUUCUUUCGGAAACUCCUGGCCCUCCUCACGGCGGUCAGAGGCUCCCGGCUCCAGCCCGGGCGAGGCGUGUGGCCAGGAGGAUCUGUGGUGCCCUGUCCCCUGAGAGAGGCGGAGGGAUCUCCCAGCCCCGGCCACCCCGAGUCAGGCGGGGGACCCGCCAGCCCCUUUCACCGCUUAGGUGCCGGUCAUACAGUGGGUUGAAAAAAGUUCAACCAGGGGGCCAGGCUUGUGUCAUUUUUUCUUUACUCGGUCUGUGAGCUGCCAAGUCUGUUUUUUCUUCUGUUUCCCCCGCUGGACUGAUGGCUAACUCGAGUGAACUCAUUGCUGACCUUUGCCUUGUUUCAUCCACUGGGUCUGUUCCUCCUCUGGGUGCCGGCUCAGCUAAAGGCCUGUAGGAGCCAGUCCCCCAGUCAGGCACCCAGAGAGUGAUGAAGGCGAUGCCCGCGGCCUGCAGCUCCCCAGGGGGUCAUUCUCCCCCCCCACCCCAUUCAAAAACGGGCAUUUCUGCAUUACUCCUUACUCUCAGGAGCCCAAGGCUCUGGCGACCUAUGACGGAUGGAUCACUGUCAGGACGUCCUCGCCUGGUCCUGGAGGAAAAGGCCGUGUGUGCAGCGGGCUGGCCGUCGGCAGAGCUGGGAUGGGCAAGGUCAGCCCCGGGACCUGAGUUUUCCAAGAAAAUGCUCCUGAGAACUGCAAAUAUGUACAUCUGUCUGCCUGUGCUCCUUGGGCCCAGCAAUGUUGAUCUAGUAAAAGUAAGCAGUCUUGAAGCCACCUCAGUAAAUGGCUUAUCUCAAGGCUGUGACCCUCUGACACUGUGUACAUCUGUUCCCUAGAGAAUGCCAGGUGCCCAGCGUGCUUGCAGGGCCCACAGCUUGGGGCUGGGGUUCUAGGGCUGCAGGAGCAGCACAGGGCGGGACGGGAGAGGGGCCUGGGGCCUAGAGGGCCUGCUUUCUGCUUAGCUGCCUCUGUGCUGCCCCACCGGACGGGCCCGGCCGCCCUGCAGACAGACCAGAACCCUCGUCCCAGCAAAAAGACCGAUGGCAUUAGGAAAAGGACGGCCACCUAGCUCAGAGCAACCAGCGUGAGAGCUGCAGAGCUUUGCUUCGUUGUUAAGUAAUAAAUACCCUCUGCAGAAAGCCCCGUUCACCUUCAAGAGCUGAAUAGAAUUUAAAUUCCACGAGAAGCCAUCUAAGCCAAUUCAAACCCCUCCUGUGGUUUUGGAAGCAGUGUUUGCUCUCGUGUAGCUCAGAAAUUCUGAGGACUGGAGAGUGGACACUCAAACCUGCCCGGGGCCGGCCAGCUGCCGCUCCAGGUGAGGACCUCCCCGAGCUCCCAAGGGCCUGUUAGCAGCUGAUCACGCCGGGUAAGCAUCCUUUGAAGCGAGAGAACCCACAUCUGGGAGUUGAAAUGUGAAGCCAUCAGGUUGCUCCAGGAGGAAGUGGUGGACUCGCUGGUCUUCGACCUUUGUAUUUAGGAGCACUCUGACCUACGCGUAAUUUGUACACAAAUCUUUUGGAAGGCAUAAGAUUUUCCCUCUGUGCUACUCAUCAUUGGCCUUUGUAAAUAAAAGCUGUUUUGCAGGG